GUAAUUGUUCUGGAAUCCCUGGAUAAUGCAAUUGGCUAAUGUGCCUCAGAAAAAGUUCUGCUGAUUUACUUCCAAAAACCAGCUAUUGAAAACCCUGUGGACCACAGUUCUGCUCUGACACACAUGGAGUCCACGUUAGUCAGAAUCAACUUGAUGGUAACUGGUACAUAUUUCUGGUAGUAUUUGUUCUGCAAAAGAGUUGAGUGGAUUACAAAUAAGGCAUGGAAAGUGUUUUGUUGUUAGGUGCCACUGAGUGGAUUUUCAACUCAUGUCUAUCCCAUGUGACAUAGUAGAACUACUGCAUACAGCUUCCUAAGCUAUAACCUUUACAUGAGUAGAUUCUCAGGUCUUUCUCCAGCAGAGCCAUUGAGUUGGUUUGAACUGCUAGCCUUCCAAUUAGCAUCCCAGUGCCAAACCGUUGUACCACCAGGGUCGAACGCUCAAUAUUCUAAGUUAUCGAAACUGUUGUUUGGAUGUUCAGAGACUGGUCAGUACUAAAACACACGCUUACAGCACAGAUAAAAAAAAAAAAAGAUAUAAUAUCAUCUGAUGUUUAUUAGUAUAACUCACAAUAAUAGAAUCCAAGAGUAUUUAACUUCCAACAUAGAGCAGGGACAGGGGAGAUAAUUGGAGAUACCUGAAUGAAUAAGACUUCCAUCUGUUUCACUCUGCAUAAAUAAACACCUACCUCAAAUUUCUUCCUCUCUUCCUCCAUAGAAUUCCCAGAGGAAAAUGGCAGCAGGAAAUCACUCCACAGUGACUGAGUUCAUCCUCGCUGGGCUAACAGAAAAGCCAGAACUCCAGCUGCCUCUCUUCCUUUUCUUCCUAGGAGUCUAUACGGUCACAGUGGUGGGGAAUCUGGGCAUGAUCACACUGAUUGGGCUCAGUUCUCAUCUGCACAUUCCCAUGUACUAUUUCCUCAGCAGUUUGUCCCUCAUUGAUCUCUGCUAUUCCACUGUCAUUACCCCCAAAAUGCUGGUAAACUUUGUGACAGAGAAGAACACCAUCUCCUACCUUGAAUGCAUGACUCAGCUCUACUUCUUCAUUUUUUUUAUUAUAUCAGAAUGUCAUAUGUUGGCUGUGAUGGCAUAUGAUCGCUAUGUUGCCAUCUGUAAGCCAUUGCUUUACAAUGUCAUCAUGUCUUACCAGGUCUGCUCCUGGUUGGUAGUUGAGGUAUAUAUGAUGGGUUUGAUUGGUGCCACAGCUCAUACAGGUUGCAUGCUAAGAGUGGUUUUCUGCAAGGCUAAAAUAAUCAACCAUUACUUCUGUGAUGUUUUUCCACUACUGGAGCUCUCGUGCUCCAGCACUUAUAUCAAUCUAGUGGUACUUCUGUGCCUCACUGUAUUUAAUAUUCUUGCACCAAUCUUGACCAUCUUUGGUUCCUAUGUCUCCAUCAUUGCCAGCAUCCUGCGAAUUCGCUCCACUGAGGGCAGAUCCAAAGCCUUCAGCACAUGCAGCUCCCACAUCUUGGCUGUUACAAUCUUCUAUGGUUCUGCAGCAUUCAUGUACCUGCAGCCAUCAAAUGUCAGCUCCAUGGACCAAAGUAAAGUGUCUUCUGUGUUUUACACCAUUAUUGUGCCAAUGCUGAACCCCCUGAUCUACAGCCUGAGGAAUAAGGACGUCAGAGUUGCUCUAAAUAAAAUCAUUGAGAAGAGACUAUUUUGCAUUAGCAAAGAUUUCUAAUUCUUGGAGAAGAUUCAGUAAAGAAGGAAUCCAGAGACUGCAACAUAUAUACAUAAGUAGUG